CAGAUCUCCAUUACUAAGCCAAACUCUUGGGGGCUCAAACAGGAGUCUCCUUCAGACUCAGAAGUGACUCCAAGGAGCCCCCCAGAGCCAUCUACAGCCCCAGCUACUGUGCCAGAGCUCAGUGUUGUUGGUGAGCCAAGGCCUGAAAAGACUUUCCAGUGGGACUUUCAGAGAGUGCCUUCUGGGGAACCAGCGAUAACUACUGGGGGACAGGCCACCCCUGUGUUAGGAGAUUCCUUGGACAACUCCAAUUCCCUGUCUAGUCAGAAUCUGGCUGGGUCUAGUAAGGGGAUUGGGGAUACAAAUGGUGUUGAGCUUGGGCAAGGAGAGGGGCCCACCUUGGACUUGCUUUCCAGCUCUGAGGAGCCACUACAAACACUGGGCCCCUCUGCAGACUUUCAGACCAACGCCUGGGAAGUGGGUCCAGAGGCAGCUCCUCAUCCAGCUGGCUCAGAGCAAGAAGUGGGGUCCUGGGGAAAGGAAGGAUUCACAUCUGGACCAGAUGUACCUAUUGAGACUACUGAUCCAGUGUUGAUUCAAGAAAGUGUUCCCAUGAGGGAUCCAGAACAAGAAAAAACAAAUACAGAUGGGUGGGAGAUUGGGGCCAGUCAACAGAAUGAUGUUUCUGGUCAGGAAACUGGGUUCAGAGAGUCACCUGGGCCAGAUGUGGAAAAUUCUCCCAGCCAGGAAGCUGGACUUACAGAAUCACCUGGACCAGAUAUAGGUAAUCCCCAUGCACAGGAAACUGGUCAUAAUGAAUCACCCAGACUAAAUGUGGAUGGUUUUCUUAGUCAGGAAGAUCAGUUCUUAAAAUCACUUGGGGUAGAUGUGGGAAAAACUCCUGGUCAUGAAACCCAGUUUAUUGAUUUAGCCAGGGUCAUGGAGCUACCUGAGAUAGUUAUGGGAAAUGUUUCUGAAAAGGAAACUGAACCCAUAAUGCCUCCCAGAGCAGAUGCAGAUGAUGCUUCUGCUCAGGAACUUGGAGUCCUGGAAUUAGUCAAGUUGGAUGUGGGAAAUGCUCCUUAUGAGAAAGUAAGACUCCUAGAAUCAUCUGAGCUAGAGAGAAAGAAUCAUUCAGGCCAGGAAAUUGGGCUCCUACAGUCUCUUGGACCAGAGGCAGAUAUUUAUCCUAGUUAUGAAGCCAGGCCCUUAGGGCCAGACCAACAAGAUGUAGGUAAUGUCACAGAGUUUCGCAGGCUAAUUGGGAGUUAUGUUCCCAAUCAGAAAGCUAGAUUCAGGACAUCACCUGAGACAUAUGCUCUUAGCCAGGGAAGUGGGCUCACAGAGGAACCUUGGCCAGAUGGGGAUGAUGUCUCUGGCCAAGAAAUAAGGUUUAUAGAGUCAUGUGAGAUAGACAUCAGUAAUGCUUUUGGUAAUGAGGCUCAGGUUUUGCAUUCAAUUGGCCCAGAUGUGGGGGAUGCUACCAGUGAGGGAAUCAGGCUUAUAGAAUCACCAGAUGUGGGAGACACCCCUAGACAUGAAAAUAUACUCAUAGACUCACCUGGACCAGAUAUGCAAAAUGCUACUGAGCAGGAAGCCUGGACAAGUGUAGGUGAUACUACUGUUGAACAAGCCAGAGCCACAGAGUUGUCUAAGAGUGAUGUGGGAAAUGUUCCUGAUCAGGGAGUUGGGCUCAUAGAGCCACCUGAGCUAGAUUCAGGUGAUGUUUCUGGUCAGGAAACUGGGCUUAUUGAACCAGGUGAAAUAGACAUGGAAGAUACUUCUGGUCAGGAAGCUGAGAUUCUGCAUUCAUCAGACUUAGAUAUAGGUGAUGUUCUUGGCCAGAGAGUCAGGUUAUCUGGAUCAGAUGUGAGUGAAGUUCAGGAAGCUGGACUGAUGGAGUCAUCAGUGAUAAAGCUGUCAAAUUCUCCUGGUUGGGAAGAUAAGUUCAUGGGGUCAACUAAGACAGAUGUAGUUAUGGAUGCUAUUCAAGAAUCUGGGCUUAUAGAUGUAGAAUCUGAGAUAUAUGUAGGUAAUAUUCAUGGUCAGGAAGCUGGGCUCUCUAAGUCACCUGGGCCUGAUGGAGAUGCUAACUUUUUGUGCUCUCCCAGCUCAGAUGUGGGGAUUCUUACUCUGGAAGCUAGACUCAUUGAGUCAACCAAGAUGGAUAGAGAUGAUGUUAAUAUUCAGGGUCCUGGGGUUACAGAGUUGUCUAAAAUUGUAGGAGAUGCUUCUGAUCAAGAAACCAGUCCUAAGACAGGUACUCCUAGUGAGGAAAUCAAAUCAUCUAGGCCAGAGAUGGGAAAUACUCUUGUUCAGGAAUCUAGGCUUAGGGAGUCAUGGGAGAUAGAUAUUGGAGAUACUCCUGGUCAGGAAGCUGAGAAACUACACUCAUAUGGCCCUCAGGUGAGUAACAUUCAUGGUCAGGAAGCUGAGUCCACUAAGUUAUCAGUGUUUAAUCUGAAAGAUUAUUUCAGUCACAAAAGGGAGUUGGAGUCAUCUGAGGAAGGUGGGGAUGAUGGAUAUAGUCAGGUAAUUGGGCAGACAGGAUCACCUGGAUUAGAUGUGAGAGAUGUUCUUGGCCAGGAAAUCAGUAUUAGGGAGUCUUGUGAGAUGGCUGAGGAAGAUACUUUGGGGCCCAUGGAGUCAUCAUCAGUGGUUACUCUGAGAGAGACUUCUGUUCAGGAAGGAAGAUUCUUGGAGUCACCUGAGGAAAGCAUGGAUGAUGGGUCUAGUCAGGUAACUGAGCAGACAGGGUUAGCUGAGUCAGAUGUGAGGGAUGCUCUUGACCAGGAAGCUAGAUUUAGGGAGUCUUAUGAAACAGAUUUAAGAGGUGCAUUGGGAAAGGAAGUUGAGAUUCUGUACUCAUUUGGCCCAGAUGGGGAUAAUGCUUCUGGUCAAGGAAUUCUGAUGCUAGAGCCACAUGACAUAGGUGAUGCUUCUCGUCCUGGUCAGAUAGCUGGGUAUAUGGAGUCCUGGGGGCCAGAAAUGGGUGAUAUUCCUAGAGAGGAAGCCAAGAUCAUGUACUCACCUGGCCCAGAUUUGGGUGAUGCUUUUGGCCAGGAAGCUAAGUUUCAGGAAUUGGGUAAGAAAGAUGGUGGGGACACUGAGGUCAUAUAUUCACCAGGCUUAGACAUGAGUGUUUCUUCUGGUCAGGAAGCUGGAGUCAUGGAGGUACAUGGGCUAUCUGAGAGUGAAUCCUCUAUUCAGGAAGCCAGAGAUCUGGUGUUACCUGAGUCAGAAGUGAGUGAUGGCCUUGGUCAGGAAGUUAUGAUGAGGGAGACACAUGAGGCAGAUGUGGGAAAUGCUUCUGCUCAAGGUACUGAAUUGGCACAUUCACCUGGGCCAGGGGUAAGUGAUUCUGUUGGUCAGGAAGUUGAGAGCAUGCAUUCUCCUGGCCCCUCUGUGGGAGAUUCUUCUGGUCAGGAAGCUGAAGUGACAGAAUUACAUAGGGCAGAUGUGGGAAAAGCUGAGAACACUAGAUCAAUGUCACCAUCUGAGAUGGACAUGAAUGAUGCCCCUGGCCAGGAAAUCAGUAUUAGGGAGUCUUGUGAGAUGGCUGAGGAAGAUACUUUGGGGCCCAUGGAGUCAUCAUCAGUGGUUACUCUGAGAGAGACUUCUGUUCAGGAAGGAAGAUUCUUGGAGUCACCUGAGGAAAGCAUGGAUGAUGGGUCUAGUCAGAUAACUGAGCAGACAGGGUCAGCUGAGCCAGAUGUGAGGGAUGCUCUUGACCAGGAAGCUAGAUUUAGGGAGUCUUAUGAAACAGAUUUAAGAGGUACACUGGGAAAGGAAGUUGAGGUUCUGUACUCAUUUGGCCCAGAUGGGGAUGAUGCUUCUGGUCAAGGAAUUCUGAUGCUAGAGCCACAUGAGGCAGACAUAGGUGAUGCUUCUCGUCCUGGUCAGAUAGCUGGGUUUAUGGAGUCCUGGGGGCCAGAAAUGGGUGAUAUUCCUGGAGAGGAAGCCAACAUCAUGCAUUCACCAGGCCCAGACAUGAGUGUUUCUUCUGGUCAGGAAGCUGGGGUCAUGGAGGUACAUGGGCUAUCUGAGAGUGAAUCUUCUAUUCAGGAAGCCAGAGAUCUGGUGUUACCUGAGUCAGAAGUGAGUGAUGGCCUUGGUCAGGAAGUUAUGAUGAGGGAGACACAUGAGGCAGAUGUGGGAAAUGCUUCUGCUCAAGGUACUGAAUUGGCACAUUCACCUGGGCCAGGGGUAAGUGAUUCUGUUGGUCAGGAAGUUGAGAGCAUGCAUUCUCCUGGCCCCUCUGUGGGAGAUUCUUCUGGUCAGGAAGCUGAAGUCACAGAAUUACAUAGGGCAGAUGUGGGAAAAGCUGAGAACACUAGAUCAAUGUCACCAUCUGAGAUGGACAUGAAUGAUGCCCCUGGCCAGGAAAUCAGUAUUAGGGAGUCUUGUGAGAUGGCCGAGGAAGAUACUUUGGGGCCCAUGGAGUCAUCAUCAGUGGUUACUCUGAGAGAGACUUCUGUUCAGGAAGGAAGAUUCUUGGAGUCACCUGAGGAAAGCAUGGAUGAUGGGUCUAGUCAGGUAACUGAGCAGACAGGGUCAGCUGAGCCAGAUGUGAGGGAUGCUCUUGACCAGGAAGCUAGAUUUAGGGAGUCUUAUGAAACAGAUUUAAGAAGUACACUGGGAAAGGAAGUUGAGGUUCUGUACUCAUUUGGCCCAGAUGGGGAUGAUGCUUCUGGUCAAGGAAUUCUGAUGCUAGAGCCACAUGAGGCAGACAUAGGUGAUGCUUCUCAUCCUGGUCAGAUAGCUGGGUUUAUGGAGUCCUGGGGACCAGAAAUGGGUGAUAUUCCUGGAGAGGAAGCCAACAUCAUGCAUUCACCAGGCCCAGAUAUGAGUGUUUCUUCUGGUCAGGAAGCUGGGGUCAUGGAGGUACAUGGGCUAUCUGAGAGUGAAUCUUCUAUUCAGGAAGCCAGAGAUCUGGUGUUACCUGAGUCAGGAGUGAGUGAUGGCCUUGGUCAGGAAGUUAUGAUGAGGGAGACACAUGAGGCAGAUGUGGGAAAUGCUUCUGCUCAAGGUACUGAAUUGGCACAUUCACCUGGGCCAGGGGUAAGUGAUUCUGUUGGUCAGGAAGUUGAGAGCAUGCAUUCUCCUGGCCCCUCUGUGGGAGAUUCUUCUGGUCAGGAAGCUGGAGUCACAGAAUUACAUAGGGCAGAUGUGGGAAAAGCUGAGAACACUAGAUCAAUGUCACCAUCUGAGAUGGACAUGAAUGAUGCCCCUGGCCAGGAAAUCAGUAUUAGGGAGUCUUGUGAGAUGGCUGAGGAAGAUACUUUGGGGCCCAUGGAGUCAUCAUCAGUGGUUACUCUGAGAGAGACUUCUGUUCAGGAAGGAAGAUUCUUGGAGUCACCUGAGGAAAGCAUGGAUGAUGGGUCUAGUCAGGUAACUGAGCAGACAGGGUCAGCUGAGUCAGAUGUGAGGGAUGCUCUUGAUCAGGAAGCUAGAUUUAGGGAGUCUUAUGAAACAGAUUUAAGAAGUACACUGGGAAAGGAAGUUGAGGUUCUGUACUCAUUUGGCUCAGAUGGGGAUGAUGCUUCUGGUCAAGGAAUUCUGAUGCUAGAGCCACAUGAGGCAGACAUAGGUGAUGCUUCUCGUCCUGGUCAGAUAGCUGGGUUUAUGGAGUCCUGGGGGCCAGAAAUGGGUGAUAUUCCUAGAGAAGAAGCCAAGAUCAUGUACUCACCUGGCCCAGAUUUGGGUGAUGCUUUUGGCCAGGAAGCUAAGUUUCAGGAAUUGGGUAAGAAAGAUGGUGGGGACACUGAGGUCAUAUAUUCACCAGGCUUAGACAUGAGUGUUUCUUCUGGUCAGGAAGCUGGAGUCAUGGAGGUACAUGGGCUAUCUGAGAGUGAAUCAUCUAUUCAGGAAGCCAGAGAUCUAGUGUUACCUGAAUCAGGAGUGAGUGAUGGUCUUGGUCAGGAAGUUAUGAUGAGGGAGACACAUGAGGCAGAUGUGGGAAAUGCUUCUGCUCAAGGUACUGAAUUGGCACAUUCACCUGGGCCAGGGGUAAGUGAUUCUGUUGGUCAGGAAGUUGAGAGCAUGCAUUCUCCUGGCCCCUCUGUGGGAGAUUCUUCUGGUCAGGAAGCUGAAGUGACAGAAUUACAUAGGGCAGAUGUGGGAAAAGCUGAGAACACUGGAUCAAUGUCACCAUCUGAGAUGGACAUGAAUGAUGCCCCUGGCCAGGAAAUCAGUAUUAGGGAGUCUUGUGAGAUGGCUGAGGAAGAUACUUUGGGGCCCAUGGAGUCAUCAUCAGUGGUUACUCUGAGAGAGACUUCUGUUCAGGAAGGAAGAUUCUUGGAGUCACCUGAGGAAAGCAUGGAUGAUGGGUCUAGUCAGAUAACUGAGCAGACAGGGUUAGCUGAGCCAGAUGUGAGGGAUGCUCUUGAUCAGGAAGCUAGAUUUAGGGAGUCGUAUGAAACAGAUUUAAGAGGUACACUGGGAAAAGAAGUUGAGGUUCUGUACUCAUUUGGCCCAGAUGGGGAUGAUGCUUCUGGUCAAGGAAUUCUGAUGCUAGAGCCACAUGAGGCAGACAUAGGUGAUGCUUCUCAUCCUGGUCAGAUAGCUGGGUUUAUGGAGUCCUGGGGGCCAGAAAUGGGUGAUAUUCCUAGAGAGGAAGCCAAGAUCAUGUACUCACCUGGCCCAGAUUUGGGUGAUGCUUUUGGCCAGGAAGCUAAGUUUCAGGAAUUGGGUAAGAAAGAUGGUGGGGACACUGAGGUCAUAUAUUCACCAGGCCCAGACAUGAGUGUUUCUUCUGGUCAGGAAGCUGGAGUCAUGGAGGUACAUGGGCUAUCUGAGAGUGAAUCCUCUAUUCAGGAAGCCAGAGAUCUGGUGUUACCUGAGUCAGAAGUGAGUGAUGGCCUUGGUCAGGAAGUUAUGAUGAGGGAGACACAUGAGGCAGAUGUGGGAAAUGCUUCUGCUCAAGGUACUGAAUUGGCACAUUCACCUGGGCCAGGGGUAAGUGAUUCUGUUGGUCAGGAAGUUGAGAGCAUGCAUUCUCCUGGCCCCUCUGUGGGAGAUUCUUCUGGUCAGGAAGCUGAAGUCACAGAAUUACAUAGGGCAGAUGUGGGAAAAGCUGAGAACACUAGAUCAAUGUCACCAUCUGAGAUGGACAUGAAUGAUGCCCCUGGCCAGGAAAUCAGUAUUAGGGGGUCUUGUGAGAUGGCUGAGGAAGAUACUUUGGGGCCCAUGGAGUCAUCAUCAGUGGUUACUCUGAGAGAGACUUCUGUUCAGGAAGGAAGAUUCUUGGAGUCACCUGAGGAAAGCAUGGAUGAUGGGUCUACUCAGGUAACUGAGCAGACAGGGUCAGCUGAGCCAGAUGUGAGGGAUGCUCUUGAUCAGGAAGCUAGAUUUAGGGAGUCUUAUGAAACAGAUUUAAGAAGUACACUGGGAAAGGAAGUUGAGGUUCUGUACUCAUUUGGCCCAGAUGGGGAUGAUGCUUCUGGUCAAGAAAUUCUGAUGCUAGAGCCACAUGAGGCAGACAUAGGUGAUGCUUCUCAUCCUGGUCAGAUAGCUGGGUUUAUGGAGUCCUGGGGGCCAGAAAUGGGUGAUAUUCCUAGAGAGGAAGCCAAGAUCAUGUACUCACCUGGCCCAGAUUUGGGUGAUGCUUUUGGCCAGGAAGCUAAGUUUCAGGAAUUGGGUAAGAAAGAUGGUGGGGACACUGAGGUCAUAUAUUCACCAGGCCCAGACAUGAGUGUUUCUUCUGGUCAGGAAGCUGGAUUCAUGGAGGUACAUGGGCUAUCUGAGAGUGAGACCCCUAUUCAGGAAGCCAGAGAUCUGGUGUUAUCUGAGACAGAAGUUAAUGAUGGUCAGGAAAGUGGACUCAAAGAAUCAGUGUUAGCAGCUGAAGGAGAUCCUAUUCAGGAAGCUGAAUUCUUUGAGUCACCUCAGGAAGGUGUGGAUGAUGGGUUUUGCCAACAAAUUAAGCAAUUAGGGUCAACUGAGACAGAACUGAGGGGUGUUCCUGUUCUGGAAACUAAGAUUUUUCACUCCUUCAGCCCAAAUGUGGGUGAUUAUCCCCAUCAAGAAACUGAGAGGCUCAUGGAUUUCUCUGGGCCAGUAGUGGCUAAUUUUUCUGAUGAGGGAGCCCAACUCACACAGUCACCUGGGCCAAAUGUAGGGGAUGCUCUUGAGGAAAAACAUGGCAACAUAGAGUCCCCCAGGCCAGAUAUACUGCCUGUCAUUCCAGAACAUGGAGUACUGCAGGACCAGAGUCCAGAUGAGGUGCAGAGAGCUGAGGACAGGGGACUCCAGAGCCAAGCUCAGGAAGGGUCCUUGUUUCCAAAGGAUGGUUCUGGAAACACACUUGACCCUGAAGAUUCAGGACAGGGUCUUUCCAUCAUGGUGGAGGCAGGAGCCCAGGCUGGAUCCAAAGUCUUGGGACAACAAAUAACAGCCACCUCCUUGGAGCCAAGAGAAGAAAAAAGGUCAGGAGUCAUUGAGGAAACCAACCUUAAAAUCGAAGCCAAAAGGGCCACAGCCAGCCUAGUGGAAGGAUCUCCUGACCCUGAUUACCUGUUCCACGUUCUUUUCCUGGGAGACUCCAACGUGGGCAAAACAACAUUUCUGUACUUGUUACAUCACAAUUCCUUUGCCACAGGCCUGGCAGCAACUGUAGGGAUGGAUUAUCAGAUCAAAAACCUGGUGGUGGACAAUAGACGGUUUGCAUUGCAGCUCUGGGACACAGCGGGACAGGAGAGGUACCACAGCAUAACCAAGCAGUUUCUCCGGAAAGCUGAUGGUAUCGUGCUCAUGUAUGAUGUCACCUGCCCAGAAAGCUUCCUUCAUGUGCGCUACUGGCUUGAUUGCCUCCAGGAAGCAGGAGCUGAUGAUGUUGCUAUCCUCCUCCUGGGGAACAAGACAGACUGUGUGGAGGAGAGGCAGGUGUCCACCGAGAAUGGACAGCUCCUGGCUAAGGAAAUUGGGGUUGCCUUUGGAGAAUGCAGUGCUGCCUUGGGACAUAAUAUCUUAGAGCCCAUUGUGACAUUAGCCAGGGCAAUGCAAGAACAGGACAACAGAUUGAGACACAAUCUGGUGGACUUGGAGAAGAAGGAGGUGAAGAAGAAGGCGGGCUGCUGUUCCUGAACUCUGUGGGCCUGGCAGGCUUUGAGGAGCCCAUGGUACAUGAUGGUGGCAGGACUCAGUCCCUUCAGUCCUGCCUCCUUCCUGUCUGACUUUGACAGCCAACGACAGCAAGAGGAACUAUGAAAAUUCAAGGAUUUUGAGCUAAAAAAAAAAAGCAUCCAUGAAACAUUUUCAUUUUAUUUUCAAUAAAAUUGAAUGAAUCUUCACUUUAUUUUCAAUAAAAUUGAAUGAAUCUUCA